CUCUAUGACAGUAUACCAUUACAGGAUUCAUCGGUGGAUCCGGCAAAAGGGGGAAGUACAAAUUUUGCUCCAUUCGACGAAGAUGUAUUUGAUUUCAUAAGCCACAAGAAUUCAAUCAUAUUCAAAGAAAAACCUAAUGAUCAGACGCCAGAAUAUUCAUAUCUUUCAUCAGAGGCAAGAAAGGAUCAAUAUCUCGAUCAGAACCGAGCAUGGGUGAGAGUCCAGGCUCAGCGAAUCCAGACGGAGGAGAACCAAGGCCUCGAGCUCGUGAGCUUGCUCACAUCGUGCGCUGAAUCAAUUACAUCCAACAAUUAUGCAGCUGUGAACUACAUACUCUCCAGACUAGGAGAACUCGCAUCCCCAAGAGGAACUCCAAUCCAACGACUCUCAGCUUAUCUCACCGAAGCACUAGCUCUAAGGUCGGCCAGAGUCUGGCCAGAUCUCUUCUCUAUCUCUCCACCGAGAGAGAUUGUUGACCAAAUCAAUGAUUAUAACGACGGCAUCGCACUCAGGCUCCUCGAUCAAGUGUGCCCCAUUCCAAAGUUCCUCCAUUUCACUCUAAAUGAGAGACUAGCGAGAGCAUUUGAAGGACAAGAUAAAAUACACAUCAUUGACUUCAGCAUUUCGGAAGGCCUUCAGUGGCCAAGCUUUUUUCAGACCCUAGCUUCGAGGCCUCAUCCACCAACACAUUUGCGCAUCACAGGGAUCGGCAAUUCUAGACAGGAUCUUGAAGAUACAGGAGCGAGGCUAAAAGCCCUUGCCGAGUCCUUAAACAUCCAAUUCGAAUUCCAUCCGGUUAUCGAUAAACUGGAGGAUGUUCGAUAUUGGAUGCUACACGUAAAAGAGAGUUAUUCUAUUGCAGUGAGUUGCGUACUUCAGCUUCACAAGGUUUUGUAUGAUGAGAACCGAAGGGCUCUAGCAAACUUAUUAGGCCUCAUUCGAAGCACAAGACCGUCGAUGCUUUUGGUAGCAGAAGAAGAAGAAGAUCACAAUAGCCCAAGAUGGGAAACAAGAUUGGCGAACUCUAUGAAGUACUAUUCUGCAAUAUUUGAUGCGUUGAACUCAUGUUUUCGAGGAGAGGAUAGUUUGGCACGGAUGAAGAUAGAAGAGAUGUUUGGUAGCAAAGUAAGGAACAUCAUCGCUUGUGAAUCCGUGGAGAGGAUAGAGAGACAUGAGAAGUUCGAUGUGUGGAAAGGCAUGAUGGAGGGUUGUGGAUUUAGGUGUAUCGGGUUUGAAGAAAGAGAGGCAAUCCGAGCCGAAAUGAUCCUGAAAAUGUAUUCAAAUAAUGGUGAUCAGGGUUUUGGCAUGGAGAAGAGAGGAGAAGAGUUUUGUGACGCUCUUACACUUAACUGGAAUAACCAGGCUCUUUACACUGUUUCGGCAUGGGAGCCUGUAUCUGAUCUACAUGGUUUGUAGUUAAAAGUGGAAAGAUUUUGUUCAUUCCUUUGAUUCUUUGUUUUGGGGAACUGAUCGAGGACUGAUUUAGGAACAAAUGUGUAUUUAACACCCUAUUUCAGUUCUUUAAAGGAUUGGAUAUGUAAUCUUUUGGUAUACUUUUAUUCUUGAUCUUGUUUAAGGGAUAAAUUUGA